CCGCCACACAGUCACUGCAAUGAACGGCUUUGGGAACUCGGUCACUCUAGGAACCAUUUGCAUUCUGUCGCUUGUGUUACACGAGUCUUGGUCUUGAACGUUCCGCUGUUGUUUUUGCGACGUCCUGCACUGAGAGUUUAAGAAGUCGCCUUAUUUCGCUGCAGUUUCUGAAUAACUGGUGUUCUUACAGUGCGUGUGAAACCGAGAAAACGAUCACAGCUUAAGUGAAAUGUUUUAUGUCUGCUGAAUCCGUCUACGUACCUUGAAAUUCCGUGGUUGAAUGAUGUCAGACGUUUAACUUAGCUAACGUUCACGCGAGAGAUUUACCCUACCGAUAGGUCUCGUGAAUCCAUAGAGUGUUUGUGCGUAUUUGCAUUGUGCAUUUUCUCUGUAUCCACACGUUUCGAGAGAUCGGAGUGGUGAAAGAUGGUCAACGUGCUGAAAGGAGUUCUUGUGGAAUGUGACCCGGCCAUGAAGCAGUUCCUCCUGUAUCUGGACGAGACGUGUGCGCUCGGGAAGAAGUUCAUCAUUCAGGAUCUGGACGAUACCCACGUGUUCAUCCUGGCGGAGGUGGUGCACGUCCUACAGGAGCGGGUCGGCGAGCUGAUGGACCAGAACUCCUUCCCUGUGACCCAGAAAUAAAGACAGAACGAGCGAGUCAGAACCCUGUGACCCAGAAAUAAAGACACAAUUGCUCUGG